AUGGUGAGGUUGGACAAACAUGCAGUGGCCAUGCCGCUGGUGGUGCUAGUGGUGCUGGCGGCGGUGGCGGCAGAGUUAACAGAAACCUGGUUCGAGUACAGAGCCCGUACCCGGAAGGAACUCAAAAACAGGGCCAAGACUUCACUUGACACACAUAAAGAGCUGGGGGAGCUACACGCCCGUCAGAAACGCUCAAUUGCCUUCCCGACGGGCUCAACCUUCACCAUCACACCUGUCCUGUGCAUUCCUGUUCUCUCCGUCGGAGACCUCAGUGGUUUUCUCGAUAUUGAGCUUCCCUUUACGAUCAAACUCCCUAAUGCUACGCAGAUUUCCUACGGCCGUAUGGAUGACGACAGGAUAGGUAUCUACUCAGUUAUCAUCAAUACGCUAAACAGGUUCGGCGUGGACGGAAAGGCGUGUCUGCUGCGAGCCGUGUGUGAGGUAGCCGAGUCUCCUCUGAGGGACGAUGGCCUCUUGGGGGAAGUGCUCAACAUCAUCCUUACAGCCUCGUACGGAGCUUCCUCGAGUCAUCUCUACGACUACAUCAACGCGGAGCACUACGGAAGGGCGUACGGGGACUGCUGGUCGGCCUACCCUCAGUGCCCCAUGUCGCUAUUCAAGCUGUUCUACGAUCACAACGAGUUAUAACCCACCGCUGAAGACUAACUCGCUACUUAAACAAAUGUUUCACCACACCAGCCACUACCUCCCUAUGCCAUCCUGGUGUUUACUAUUUAUUUGUGAUACCGAUAUGUUAUUCUUGAACUGGGCAGGCCACCUCAUGUCUUAAUUUUAUGUAUUUGGUGUAGGAUAAAUGGCUUUAGAUUUCAUGCAAUACGUUUCACCUAUAUAUUGACAUAAAAGACGCUAUCGUGUUGAAACCAUUUCCUGUUGUCAUAAGGACGUUUUUCUUUUGUGCUGUAGUUUCUUCACACAAUCAGUUUUGUGAUUCACACACUUGCACAGACGAGGGAGACGGAAACAGCGUAAUCAGAAUGUCUUGUCGCUACUACCUCGCCUCGGUGAGUGCAAUUUAAAUUCAGAGGCAGGAAAGACACUCGCUCGUCCCCUGGCCCGCCUCCCGUCUCUACUGGAAUUGAUGUUCGUCUAAGCGGUAGUUGGUACAUUUACUUAACAAAGGCCACAUAAGUAGUCUCCUCUCAUCUGAAAAUAAGUAUAUCACUCAUACUUUGCUUUAAAUAACUUUUUUUCACAUGAACAGGCCUUACAGCGACAGACGACUCAUGAUAAUACACGAGAACACACAACUUUUCUCGUGAAGCAGAUAGAAGCACAGGUAGAUCCUAUUUCGAAAGAUAUACAAAUAAGUAAAAUUAAUCUGGUUCAUGAUCUGCUCCUUGAGUAUUCAGUAACGACCCGAGAUUAGCGAUGUGACUCAUGACAGUGACAGACACCGAGACAGCUUUCCCGUUGUUCAUGUUUUGUUGUAAUUUCCUUGUUUGUACCUCGCAAGGCAGCCCAGUACCCUACGGUUGGGCCCCUCCGUGGACCGAAGGCCAGUAGUGCACACCAAUACCAAUGAUAUGUAGUUGCAAAUCAGUGUUCCCAGACGAUUAGUGAAUACUGUAUAUAGCUACCUCUUUAGGUUUUAUAUGGCCAGAUAGAUAUAUAGAUAGAGAUAGAUAUAAAGAUAGGUAGACGGAGACGGAGACAUGAAGACAGAGAGACAGACAAACAGACGGACAGACAGACAG